AGCCACCCAUCCUGAUCCAGCCCCCCAUCCUAAAACAGCCCCCUAUCCUGAUCCCCCCACCUGAGCCAGCCCUCCAUCUUGAGCCCCUCCACCUUGAGACAGACCCCACCCUGAGAUAGCCCCCCCCCCCUUCCUGAGCCCCCCAGUCUGCCAGCCAUGGUGCCCCCCACUAGCAGUGUGGUUUUGCGGUGAGACCCCCCAUCAUGGUGCAGAAAUCUCGCAAUGGGGGGGUGUACCCCGCCCCCCCCGCAGAGAAGAAGCUGAAGGUGGGCUUCGUGGGGCUGGACCCGGGGGCCCCGGAAUCCAGCCGGGAUGGGGCCCUUCUCAUAGAUGGCUCCGAGCUGAAGCGGGGCAGAAUCCUCAGCAAGCCCAGGUCGGGGGUCUGCGGCACCGGGAAGCCCCCCAAACGGAAUGCCUUCUACCGCAAACUACAGAACUUCCUCUACAACGUCCUGGAGAGACCCCGGGGCUGGGCCUUCAUCUACCAUGCCUAUGUAUUCCUGCUGGUUUUUUCCUGUUUGGUUCUGUCCGUCUUCUCCACAAUCAAAGAGUAUGAGAGCAGCUCGGAGGGCGCACUCUACAUUCUGGAGAUCAUAACCAUUGUGGUCUUUGGGGUGGAAUAUUUUGUCCGAAUUUGGGCUGCCGGCUGCUGCUGUCGUUAUCGCGGCUGGAGGGGGCGCUUAAAGUUUGCCCGCAAGCCAUUCUGUGUGAUUGACAUCAUGGUUCUUGUGGCCUCCAUCGCAGUCCUGGCUGCAGGUUCCCAGGGGAAUGUCUUUGCUACAUCUGCCCUUAGAAGUCUGAGAUUCUUGCAGAUUCUGCGCAUGAUUCGUAUGGACCGGAGAGGAGGGACAUGGAAACUUCUGGGCUCAGUGGUGUAUGCACACAGCAAGGAGCUGAUAACUGCCUGGUACAUUGGAUUCCUGUGCCUUAUCCUGGCUUCCUUCCUGGUAUACCUGGCAGAGAAGGAGGAGAAUAACAUGUUUGAUACCUAUGCAGAUGCCUUGUGGUGGGGACUGAUUACACUCACCACAAUCGGUUAUGGAGAUAAAUAUCCCAAGACGUGGAACGGCCGACUUCUCGCUGCUACCUUCACUCUGAUUGGAGUCUCCUUUUUUGCUCUUCCUGCUGGAAUUCUUGGAUCGGGGUUUGCACUUAAAGUUCAAGAGCAGCAUCGACAGAAACAUUUUGAAAAGAGGCGCAACCCAGCGGCAGGAUUAAUUCAGUCUGCCUGGAGAUUCUACGCCACCAAUCUGUCCCGGUUAGAUCUCCACUCUACCUGGCAGUAUUACGAGCGGACAGUCACGGUGCCCAUGUACAGCUCCCAAGCUUACGGAGCCUCCAGACUGAUCCCUCCUCUUAACCAGCUGGAUCUUCUGAGGAACCUAAAGAGCAAAUCAGGACUCACUUUCAGGAAAGACCAGCAGGCUGAGCCAUCUCCCAGCCAGAAAGUAAGUCUAAAAGAGAGAGUCUUCUCCAGCCCCAGAGGAGUGGCCUCCAAAGGCAAAGGUUCCCCUCAAUCUCAAGGUUUGCGGCGUUCCCCAAGUGCAGACCAAAGCUUAGAUGACAGUCCCAGUAAAGUGCCCAAGAGUUGGAGCUUUGGGGACAGAGGACGUACACGCCAAGCCUUCCGCAUUAAGGGGUCGGCAUCACGGCAAAAUUCCGAAGCAGCUAGUCUACCAGGAGAAGAAGUUGCAGAUGAAAACAGAAAUUGCAACUGUGAAUUUCUUGCUGACGAUCUGACGCCAGGACUGAAGGCCUCCAUCCGAGCCGUGUGCAUUAUGCGGUUCAUGGUGUCCAAACGAAAGUUCAAGGAAAGCCUCAGACCGUACGACGUCAUGGAUGUGAUCGAACAGUACUCUGCCGGACACCUGGAUAUGCUCGCCCGGAUCAAAAACCUGCAGUCAAGGAUAGAUAUGAUUGUCGGCCCCCCAGCCCCUUCAACACCCCGGCAUAAGAAGUUACACAGCAAAGGAUCUGUGCAUUCUACCAAAGAAUCUCCCCAGUACUCUCCUAGAGUGGACCAGAUUGUUGGAAGAGGAGGCUCAAUCACCGACAAGGACAGAGCCAAAGGAACGGCUGAAGCAGAGAUGCCGGAGGAUCCAAGCAUGAUGGGUCGACUGGGCAAAGUGGAAAAGCAGGUUAUGUCCAUGGAGAAGAAACUGGAUUUCCUUGUGAACAUCUACAUGCAAAGAAUGGGAAUCCCACCUUCCGAAACAGAAGCUUACUUUGGGGCCAAGGAUCCUGAGCCAGCCCCCCCAUAUCAUAGCCCGGAGGAGACCCGGGACCCAGCAGAAAAGAAUGUUUGCAUCACCAAAAUUAUCCGUUCCACCAGUUCCGUGGGGCAGAAAAACUUUAGUGCUCCACCUACCCAAGGGACAGGUCCCACUCACUGCCCUCCGUCCACCUCAUGGCAUCAACAGCAACCAUAUCACCGGCAUAGCCAUGGCUCCUCUCCAGUCGGCGAUCCAGGCAGUUUGGUGAGAAUUCCUCCGCCACCAUCGCAUGAACGCUCACUCUCCGCAUAUGGAGGGAGCAGGAUAAGUGGAGGAGAGGAAGGGUUAGCCAAACACCGGGACCCUGCAGCCCUUCGAGAUAGUGAUACUUCCAUAUCUAUUCCUUCUGUGGACCAUGAGGAGCUUGAACGUUCUUUCAGUGGUUUUAGCAUUUCCCAGUCUAAGGAGAACCUGGAUGUUCUGAACAAUGGGGCAGUGGCAGCAGGUACUGGUCCCAGUGGUAAAGUCCGCCCUUACAUCGCUGAGGGCGAGUCAGAUACAGACUCAGACCUUUGUACACCCUGCGGGCCACCUCCCAGGUCAGCUACGGGGGAGGGACCUUUUGGUGACAUGGGGUGGUCCGGUAGCAAGUAAGCUGGUAUAGAGUUAUUUUUGAGACGUGUAGGCACUGAGUGUGGGGGAAUUAAACUUGUCUUCUCCCUCAAAGGUGCAGCCACCACAAGGACAUUAAGGGUAGAAGCGUGUCACCCUUUGUGAAUGAAUGAAAAUUAUUCAUCAUGCUGAGCUUGUGGUUGGGUGUUCAGGGCUGACACUGCCUGUUUUAUUCCCAGCCUGUAAUAAUGUGGCUGUGUAUCCCUUUACCUUUAUGAGUUACACAUCUAAUAUCAGAGCUGUGCUUUGAUUUAAAGAUUCACGUAUAGGAAUCAAGCCAACACGAUGACCAACAGUGCUAAACUCAAUAUAUGGCCCAAUCUGUGCCAACGACAUCAUUUGAUUGGCAGCUAUCCCAUGGUUUAUAUAUUUUUCAUUGUGUUUAUAGAAAAAUAAGGGCAAGCCACGAUUAUAUGUUAUAAUGUUUUCUUUUAUAAACAGAGUUCUUCAUUUUAAUGUUGUAGACACAAAAUACAUUAUCCUGAAGUCACAUUGUCCAUUUAAUUCUAAACCACUUAUUGGCCCUUGGCCCGGUAGCCAGCACAGGAAGCAGAAUGCCCUGAAUGUCUGCUUUACUAGGCAGACAGUCAAUGCUUUAAGAUUUACUGGAGAAAAAACAACAAAUUGGUGAGCAAAUGGUUGAGGAAAUAUCAGCUGAUGCCUUCCUCUGCACCAUAUGUACUAAAGAACUAUCUGUCCAGCGUUCCCCUGGUACCGGGGCGAGAUGUCUUGUAAUGUCACGGUUUUACUCGAUCAUUUUAUGCUCCACCCACAUCCUGCCUGUGCGCACCUCACAGAGCCUUUAUUUGUUGAUUUUUACAGUGCGUUGGGUGCCUGUUAAUGGGGCCUGGUCAGGCUAUUUCGUUAUUUUUUUUUAUUUUUUUUUUUAAUUCUUUAUUUUUGUAGUGCAAAG